AAUCUCUCUCCCUGUCUCAAUUUGAACCAAAAAAGAGAAAUUUGUUUACACACAUGACACUCUCCCACACAUAGGAAACUUGAAACAAAUCAAAACCACAUCCUCGUUCCUCCCUCCAUUCAUUCACCCCCUCCCAACCACCUUCAAUAGAGGCCAAUCCAAUCACUAAUCACCACCCGCCACCACCUCCUCCAUUCUUCUCUUUCUCCAAACAAAGCACAAAACAUAAACAAAAACUUUAGCCUCCAAAUUUUUGAAACCAUAUAGGCCAUAGAUGGCCGACGUCGUUUCCAAGUCCCCAACCCCAACCAGCAACCUCAUCAGCCCCAACAAGAAGGAAACAUCGAACCUUUUACUGGGUCGUUUCGAGAUUGGGAAGCUCCUCGGGCAUGGAACCUUCGCCAAGGUGUACUACGCGCGUAACAUCAAAACCGGCGAAGGCGUGGCCAUCAAGGUAAUCGACAAGGAGAAGAUCCUCAAAGGAGGUUUGGUGGCGCACAUCAAGCGUGAGAUCUCUAUCCUGCGCCGUGUUCGCCACCCUAACAUCGUUCAGCUCUUCGAAGUCAUGGCCACCAAGAGCAAGAUCUAUUUCGUAAUGGAAUACGUUCGCGGCGGCGAGCUUUUCAACAAGGUCGCCAAGGGAAGGCUCAAAGAAGAGGUCGCGAGAAAGUACUUUCAGCAAUUAAUCUCUGCUGUGGGAUUCUGCCACGCCAGAGGGGUGUACCACAGAGAUCUCAAGCCUGAAAAUUUGUUGCUUGAUGAGAAUGGCAAUCUCAAAGUCUCUGAUUUUGGAUUGAGUGCGGUGUCUGAUCAAAUCCGACAGGAUGGUCUUUUCCACACUUUUUGUGGGACACCUGCGUAUGUUGCUCCUGAGGUUUUGGCGAGGAAAGGGUACGAUGGUGCUAAGGUGGAUCUUUGGUCUUGUGGGGUGGUGUUGUUUGUGUUGAUGGCGGGGUAUUUGCCCUUUCAUGACCAGAAUGUGAUGGCAAUGUAUAAGAAGAUUUAUAGAGGGGAGUUUCGGUGUCCGAGGUGGUUUUCUCCUGAUUUGUCCAGGCUUCUCACAAGGCUUCUUGAUACCAAGCCUGAAACCCGGAUUGCGAUUCCUGAAAUUAUGGAGAAUAAGUGGUUCAAGAAAGGGUUUAAGCAGAUCAAGUUUUAUGUGGAGGAUGAUAGGCUUUGCAAUGUGGUGGAUGAUGAUGGCCUUAUGGACAAUGAUGAUGACACUGCUUCGAUUGUUUCUGUUGCUUCGUUUUCGGAUUACUCGGUUUCCGAGUCUGAUUCUGAGAUUGAGACUAGGAGGAGGAUCAAUGCUCCCUUGCCUAGACCUCCUAGUUUGAAUGCCUUUGACAUUAUAUCGUUCUCGCCGGGCUUUAAUCUUUCGGGGUUGUUUGAGGAGAAAGAGGAUGAGACAAGGUUUGUGACUGCUGCACCGGUUAACAGGAUCAUUUCCAAGCUGGAGGAGAUUGCUCAGUUGGUUAGGUUUUCGGUGAGGAAGAAGGAUUGCAGGGUGAGUUUGGAGGGUACCAGAGAGGGGGUUAGAGGGCCUUUGACUAUUGCUGCUGAGAUAUUUGAGUUGACACCUUCUUUGGUUGUGGUGGAGGUGAAGAAAAAAGGAGGGGAUAGAGCCGAGUAUGAGAGGUUUUGUAACGAUGAGUUAAAGCCUGGAUUGCAGAAUUUGAUGGUGGAGGAGUCUGCUACUUCUUCAGAGUUGUCUACACCUAUUCAACCUUCCCUACUACGUGGCCUUUCUGAACCUGUGCCGGAUAUUUCUUCUGAUAUUGAAACCCCGCUCUGUAUACCUUCUGAUGAUUGAAGACUCAGAUAUAGAGAAGAAGAGAAAAAUGGUUAAGGACUUUCUCUCUAAUCUCUGUAUCACACACACUCUUUCUUUCUCUCUCUCUCUUUUUUUUUUUAUGUUAUAGAUUGUGUAUGGAAAUUGGUAAAAAAAUUUCCACACAGGAUUGAUUGUCCUGCUUUUAGGUUUGCUUCUUGACUGGAGCGUUAGGUGCCUACUGUUUGUCUAAUUGCCAUACGAGAAAAAAGGCUAAUUGAAAUAUAGUGAAUGAGUAUGUAUUUAUUUUCUACUUUUCUUGGCUCUGUAUAGCAAGUGAUAAUAAAAAUAACAAAACGGUUUAGUGCUAAUCCAUGCGGCAUUGCACUGGCUUUGUGUUUGGCUCUA